ACAAGUCCCAGCAUGCCCAGCUCCCCUGACCCGGCCCCCGCGGCCACUUAAAAGCUUCGCGAGCCGCAGCCGUCGGGUCGCCGCGGCUUUCGCUUUGCCGCCGCGGCUCGGUCGGCGUGAGCAGCGGGUUCUGCGGCCGGUCGUCCCAGCGUCCGGGCUCCGGCUGCGCCGAGGGGCGCUCCUGGUCCAGCCCUCCCCGCUCGCGGAUUCCCUCCCGAGGCGCCCGCGCCCCCCGGGCUCUCCGCCUCGGCCACCCCGCGGCCCCGAUGCCGAGGCAUGGAUAGAGCAGCGCUGCGCGCGGCGGCGAUGGGGGAGAAGAAGGAGGGCCGCGGCGGGGGGGACGCGGCGGCGGCCGACGGGGGCCCCGGGGCCGCAGCCAGCCGGGCGCUGCAGCAGUGCGGGCAGCUCCAGAAGCUCAUCGACAUCUCCAUCGGCAGCCUGCGCGGGCUGCGUACCAAGUGCGCGGUGUCCAACGACCUCACCCAGCAGGAGAUCCGGACUCUGGAGGCGAAGCUGGUCCGCUACAUUUGCAAGCAGCAACAGUGCAAGCUCAGCGUGGCUCCCAGUGAGAGGACCUCGGAGCUCAACAGCUACCCUCGCUUCAGUGACUGGCUGUGCACCUUCAAUGUGAGGCCAGAGGUAGUGCAGGAGAUCCUCAGCGAGCUCACGCUGGAUGCCCUGCUGGACAUGAACGAGGUCAAGGUGAAGGAGACGCUUCGGCGCUACGGGGCCAGUGCCGAGGAGUGUGGCCGUCUGCAGUACGCCCUUGCCUGCCUGCGGAAAGUGACAGGUCUGGGAGGGGAGCACAAAGAGGACUCAGGCUGGAGUUCAUUGGAUGCCCGGCGGGAAAGCGGCUCAGGGCCUUCUGCGGACACCGUCUUGCCAGCUGGCCUGCCCUGGCCGCCAGGGGGCGCUCCGCCGGGCAGAAUGGGCGGCAGCACCCAGGGCCCACGCUCCGUGUCUGUGUCCGCUUUGCCCACCUCGGACUCCCCGGUCCCGGGCUCCUGCGAGGGCCUCUCGGACACCUGUGUCCUCCUGCACACCAGCGGCCGGCUGACCCCCCGGGCCCUGCACAGCUUCAUCACGCCCCCGACCACACCCCAGCUGCGAAGGCACACCAAGCUGAAGCCGCCGCGGACGCCGCCGCCGCCCAGCCGCAAGGUCUUUCAGCUGCUGCCCAGCUUCCCCACGCUCACCCGGAGCAAGUCCCAUGAGUCUCAGCUGGGGAACCGCAUCGACGAGGUCUCCCCGAUGAGGUUUGAUCUUCCACACGGAUCCCCACAGAUGGUACGAAGGGAUAUCGGGCUGUCGGUGACUCACAGGUUCUCCACCAAAUCUUGGCUGUCCCAGGUCUGCCAUGUGUGCCAGAAGAGCAUGAUGUUUGGAGUGAAAUGCAAGCACUGCAGAUUGAAGUGUCAUAACAAGUGUACAAAGGAAGCCCCUGCCUGUAGAAUAUCCUUCCUUCCACAACCUAGGCUUCGGAGGACGGAAUCUGUCCCCUCAGACAUCAACAACCCGGUGGACAGAGCAGCUGAGCCCCACUUCGGAACCCUCCCCAAAGCACUGACAAAGAAGGAGCACCCCCCGGCCAUGAACCACCUGGACUCCAGCAGCAACCCGUCCUCCACCACGUCCUCCACGCCCUCCUCGCCGGCACCCUUCCCAACAUCAUCCAAUCCAUCCAGUGCCACCACGCCCCCCAACCCCUCUCCGGGCCAACGGGACAGCAGGUUCAACUUCCCAGCUGCCUACUUCAUUCAUCAUAGACAGCAGUUUAUCUUUCCAGACAUUUCGGCAUUUCCACAGGCAGUCCCAUCCCCUGAUGCGGCGGACAGCACCCGGCUUGACAACCAGCCCAAAGCAGACGUGUUGGAGGAUCACGAAGCAGAGGCUGAGGAGCCAGAGGCCGGCAAGUCAGAGGCAGAGGAUGAUGAGGAUGAGGUGGACGACUUGCCCAGCUCCCGCCGGCCCUGGCGGGGCCCGAUCUCUCGCAAGGCCAGCCAGACCAGCGUGUACCUGCAGGAGUGGGACAUCCCCUUUGAGCAGGUGGAGCUGGGCGAGCCCAUCGGGCAGGGCCGCUGGGGCCGGGUACACCGCGGCCGCUGGCACGGUGAGGUGGCCAUCCGCCUGCUGGAGAUGGACGGCCAUAACCAGGACCACCUGAAGCUGUUCAAGAAGGAGGUGAUGAACUACCGGCAGACACGGCACGAGAAUGUCGUGCUCUUCAUGGGAGCCUGUAUGAACCCGCCCCACCUGGCCAUCAUCACCAGCUUCUGCAAGGGGCGGACGUUGCACUCAUUUGUGAGGGACCCCAAGACAUCUCUGGACAUCAACAAGACCAGACAGAUUGCUCAGGAGAUCAUCAAGGGUAUGGGCUAUCUCCACGCCAAGGGCAUCGUGCACAAAGAUCUCAAAUCCAAGAACGUCUUCUAUGACAACGGCAAAGUGGUCAUCACUGACUUUGGGCUGUUUGGGAUCUCGGGUGUGGUCCGAGAGGGCCGGCGUGAGAACCAGCUGAAGCUGUCCCAUGACUGGCUAUGCUACCUGGCCCCGGAGAUUGUGCGCGAGAUGACCCCUGGGAAGGAUGAGGACCAACUGCCGUUCUCCAAAGCUGCUGACGUCUAUGCCUUUGGGACUGUUUGGUAUGAACUGCAAGCAAGAGACUGGCCCUUUAAGAACCAAGCGGCAGAGGCCUUGAUCUGGCAGAUUGGAAGUGGAGAGGGUAUGAAGCGUGUCCUGGCCUCCAUCAGCCUGGGGAAGGAAGUCACUGAGAUCCUGUCUGCCUGCUGGGCUUUCGACCUGCAGGAGAGGCCCAGCUUCCCCCUGCUCAUGGACAUGCUGGAGAAGCUGCCCAAGUUGAACCGGCGGCUUUCCCACCCCGGCCACUUCUGGAAGUCUGCUGAGUUGUAGGCCUGGCUGCCUUGCAUGCACCUGGGGCUUUCCUCCUCCUAAUCGACACUCGGCACCGUGACUUCCGCUCAAGUGCCAACUGACGUGCGCGCACUAACCCAGGGGAUGCGAUCUCUGCCGCUCCAGGCCUCUCUCCCGAGACUUCUUCUUUUGCUUUGUUUGUUUUUUAAAACCAGCGUCCUCCCCCUCUCCAUGGCCCGUGUGUCCCAGAAUAACUGCCAUCCACGAGGACCCCCUAACAGCCCCCCCACCCCACCCAGCAGAGCUGCCUCCCCUGUCCAGGACUUUAUCCUCUAACUCUGCCUCUGUGGGGUGGCGCCGGUGUGUUUGGGCGGUCCUGUCUCCCCACUAACACCUCCGUGAGGUCGACUGUCUCCGACCCCGGAACCUGGCUGGGUCCACAGUGCAGGGGAGGGCUUUUGCUUGGCUGUUAACCUGCAAGGUCUUGUCUGGCAAGGAGUGGGAUGAUUUCAGAGCUGCCCAAGGCCAGUCCCAUCUGGGGGCAUUGGGUCCCAUUGCUGUGAAAGACACUGGCUGGGAAGGGCUUUGUCCCCAGCAGUGCCCUCCGGAAAGUGGUCUUAAAAAUAAAGGGGGCCUGUUGCCAAACAGUUUCACUGAUGAGAGCAAAGUUUCUGCUGCUGAUCCCCACAGACAGAAAGUACCAGACCCCAGUGAGCGUUCAUCAAGAGGGUGGCUGAGAGGCUACACGCAGUCACUGGGCUGCUUCCCAGAUGCAGGUUCCUGGGGUUCCCCCAAACUGAAUCCAGGUCCCUGGAGGCGGGCUCUAAGAGUCUGCAUUUCUACAUUACCCCCCAAUGUUUGGGGACCAUUUCUGAAAGGAUUGUGUGAGGCUACUCUCUCGGUACUUGGGGUCCGGUUUCUUUCUUCCCCCAGUUGCUCUCGGAGCAGAGCUCUCCUGGGCCACAAGUGAGACAGUAGCUCAGUCGAGGCCAUGGCAGUGAGAGCAGGCCAGGCGCCAGGCACUCCGAGACUGAGAAGUCCCCG